AUGAACACAGAAGGACCAGAACUUGCAGUCCUAUUCAACUUUCUAUCCAAAUUUGGCCUGAAGAAAUUUUAUCCCAACAAACUUACUCUUCAUUCUCUCUUGGAGAUCAACAAAAGCAACAUAUAUGAAGAAGCUGUUGAAUCAGUUGAGAAAAUACCAUGGUGUUUUCUCAGAAAACUGUUUAAAAUCAAUGCUGAAUGCAGGAGCUGUACACAAUCAUUAAUCAGUUAUGAGGAAAAAGGUAAUUUGCUUGACCUUUACACUGCAGAUGACGCUGCAGGAGAUAAUAGGGUUAACCCUCUCGACCUCAUAGUUGCACUCUUCCUUUGUGCUGACAGCUUCUUGCAACAAGAAAUGGCCCUCAAGAUGUCAAUGUGCCAGUUUCCUGUCCCUCUGCUGUUGCCCCAUGGUAAUAGGAGUCAGUGUACCUUGAUGCUGUGGGCUCUCAGAGACAUCGUCAAAGAGUGGUGUCCACAUGAUUUGUCUGAAUCAAGUGGGUUUAUCGAAGAAAACAUUGUUCAAGCAAAUAUACCGUGCUAUUCCUUUGUCAGACUGAAGAACUGCAGCUUAUCAAAGUCCCAGAUUCUGAAUCAUGUUCUCAACAGUGGACAACAGAAUAACAAUAUCUUCAUAAACAGAGAAAUGGAAGGAGGAGCAGAUGAAAGACAAAUUUCAAAUGGAUUGGUGGAGGUUUACUGGUACCUUCCCUGUGGUACUGAAAAUCUGGACAUAUUUCCAAAACCAGUCGCCAUUGUGAAUUUGCGAGGAGAGAUUUCUGAGUCACUCACACAAUUCAACUUUCUUUUUCAAGUGUCAACAGCUACAUUUGUAUUCCUGGACAAAGUUGAAGAAAAUGAGCACAGGAUUCUGACUUCUCUUCAAGAUGUGAAAUCCAAACUCUUCUUAGUUAUCAAUCAAAUGAAAGGACAGAAAUUGACGUGUGUCAAGACAAUGGUUGAUGAAUUAGAUUUACCAAGUAGCAGAGUUAAGGUCAAAAAUCCAAAGACCAAUGUUGCAGAGUUUUCAAAAACACUUAAUGAGGCGAUCAAGACACCCCUGUUAGGUGUCAAAACCACAAGCAUUGUAAAUAUGUUCGACAAAGCUGUUGAACUUGGUCUGUGUGUGGACGAAAGCAAAACUGACAAACAUCAGAAAGCAGCUGAGGAGAUCAUGGAAGGCAUUGGGAUGCAACGUAUACAGGACUACAAGAAACAACAACUUCCUUUACAAGGAGAGAACUGGAAAAGGUUAUCAAAGUUAGAAAAGGAGGAGUGUAGAUUGAGGGAAUCUGGUGACACAAGCCUUGAAGAGUAUAAAUGUCAGCUACAGGAAGAAAAACAGCGAAUUAGGGAAGAGCAAAGAAAAUACAAAAUGUCCAAAGGAAUGAAGAGUUUUAUUGAAUAUCUAUCUACAGCUGACAAAGAGAAGAGAGAUUUUUUUCUCAAGUGGUUGAAACUCAAGUUUAAUACACGUUCACAGAAAGAACUUUCUGUGUUGCAUAAGAAAUUCAAAGAGCAAUGCAAUAACAAAAAUACAAAACUCAUGGCAGAGGUAGAUCAAGCGUUGUUGGAUAGCUCUUUAGGAAUAGAGCAUUACAUGAGAGAGAUGGGACUGAUCUAUGAGUUCUCCAUUAUCAGCUCAACAAAAACAGCAGAUGAAAUAUCUUGUCUCCCUGGUUUGGCUGCUGAAAUGUUGUUGGAUGGAUAUCCUUUAGAGCUCUUGGAUGGAGAUGCUUCCAACAUCCCAGAGAGGUGGGUGACAGAUGUGCUGAUGGAGCUUCACAAGAAGGUUGGACAGAAGAGCAGACUGUUGGUACUGACUGUGUUGGGUGUUCAAAGUAGCGGGAAGUCAACACUCCUCAACACCAUGUUUGGUGUGCAGUUUCCUGUCAGCAGUGGCAGAUGCACAAGAGGAGCUUUCAUGCUCUUCCUCAAAGUUGGAGAGGAUAUGCAAAGCGAUAUGAACUGUGACUUUAUAGUUCUCAUUGACACAGAGGGUCUAAAGUCUCCACAUUUGGCACAAUUAGAGGACAGUUAUGAGCAUGACAACCAGCUGGCAACCUUUGUCAUUGGCUUGAGUGAUAUCACUGUUAUCAACAUUGCAAUGGAAAACUCAAAUGAAAUGAAGGAUGUCCUGCAAAUUGCAACUCAUGCAUUCUUGAGAAUGAAGCAAAUUGGUAGAAAGCCAGUUUGUCAUUUUGUUCACCAGAAUGUUGCUGCAGUUUCAGCUCAUGCAAAAACCAUGACUGAAAGAAAACAUCUCUUGGACCAACUCAAUGAAAUGACUCAACUUGCAGCUGAAAUGGAAAAGCAACCUGGUAUUAAAGCAUUCACAGAUUUGCUGGAAUAUGACAUCGAAAAGAACAACUGGAACAUCCCAGGACUCUGGCAUGGAACCCCACCAAUGGCACCAGUGAACACAGGUUACAGUGAAGACGUGGUAAAUUUCAAGAAAAAUCUUUUGGAGACAGUAAAAAGUGACACAAGAGAUGAAUUCUCAAAGAUCCCAGAGUUUCUAGAAUGGAUGAGGAGUCUCUGGAAAUCAGUGAAAUAUGAGAACUUCAUCUUUAGCUUCAGAAACACUCUUGCAGCUCAUGCCUAUGACAACCUUUGCAAAGAGUUUAAUCAGUGGGAAUGGGAAUUCAGAAAAGUGAUUCUCUCCUGGCAGACAGAAGCAGAGUUAGAAAUCUUAAAUGCUGACAAUGAAUCUCAGCUAGAAACCUGGAACAGACUGGUUACAACAAAAAAAUCUGAGGUGUCAGAGAAAAUAACAGACCAACAAACAAUCAUAAAGGAGAAACUCUCUGACUACUACAAAAGGAAAGACAAACAUGUAAAUCUGAUAGAGAAAUACAAAGCUGACUUUUUCAACAGUAUCACUAGACUUGGAAACGAAAUUAAACACUCUGUUUGUACUAAACUGGACUGCAUCCUUGAACAAAAAAUAAGUUCCAAAAAGGCUCAGGACAUUCAGAGAGAUUACAGAGGUGUGAUUGAAGAGCGAGUCAUGAAGCUCCUAAGUGACUGCAAGGAGUCCAAACUGUCCGAUGAACAGCUGACAUAUGAGUUUGAAAAGAUGUGGGCUGAAGCCACCAUAAAUGUGUCUGGUCUGAAGGAGCGUGAUAUAGUAGCAUGUGUCCUGAAGCAGAUGAGAAAAAAUUUCUCAAACCUGAAUGUCAAUGAGAAAUUGCAGAAUAUUGAAGAUCUGAAGGAGAUCGGGAGGGGUCCAUUUAAAACUACAAUUCAUCACACAGACUCCUUUAUGAAGAAGUUUAAAAAACUGUGGAGAGCAGAUGUGCAGAGCUUUGCCGACAGUGUCAUUGAGUCUUGUACACGGUUCAUACUUGAUAAAGUGAAGACGACUGGAGAUUACCAAGACUCCUUCACAAAGGAUCUUCUGGAAAAAAUUGAUGAGUUCCUUACACAAAGCCACAAGCCCCGCAAAACAACUACACAGUUUGAGAUUGAUCUGAAGCUUCACAUCUGUGGCAUUGCCUCAAGAGAGUUCCUUCACAUGCACAGGAAAUUCUUAUCAGACAAUGAUCCUCGGACUCCGCUGGAGAAGUACAAGACUCAGUACCUGUCAGAUUUUCUUGAUUUGUACAAAGAGAGAGAUCACUGCCAACGUAAAGCAACUGAUUUUGUCCAGUUUUGUAUCAAACCUGCUGUGGAAGAGUACAUCAACAGAUCUUUGGGAAUAGACAUUGCAGAGGAAAUUUUGACAAGUUGUCAUUCAUCAAAGUACAGUUCACGUUCAUUUUUCCAGUACAGCAUUUUGAAAGAGUUGCUGCAAAAGGAAAACUUCAAGAGCUUUGUCAAGUACAUUGAUAACUAUGAAAAAUAUGUAAAGGGUUGGAUAUUUGAACAAAUUCAGCAAAAGAUGUCAGAGGACAACACUUUGUGCAAACUGAAGAACAAGAAUUUACAGGUCAUAGUUAAAAAAAUCACAGAUGUGAUACAACGGGCCUCAAAAGGAGAAGGUGGUGUUCUGCUGCCAGAUAACAAGGAAAGCAUCACAGAACUCAUCAAUAACAUGCGCAAAUAUUUUAGUAAAGACAUCUCAAUUUCAGUGGAGACUGAAAAAACCACUUUGUUUCAAAUCCAAAGCACAUGCCAUCCAUUUAUCAACAGCCUCAAGAUCUCUAUAGACGACUUAAAGGAAGAACUUCAGGAGGAAUUCUCAAACUCUGACAACAUCACUGAGACUCUGAAUAAGCUUCCUGUCAAACCACAGGAUGAGCUUUUCAAGCGGGUGUUUGGUUGUGGACACCAGUGUCCAUUUUGUAGAGUUCCCUGUGAGGCUGGAGGCAAACAACACAAGAAACAUCAUGCAGCUAUUCAUCGGUCACAAGGUCUUGGUGGAGGUAUUAAUGAUGUCAAUAAAAAGUUAAUUGAAACGCUGUGUACAACUAAUGUUCACAGUCAAAGUAAAUUCAGAAGCACAGACACUAAUUGGGAGUGGCAUCCUUGCAAAGACUACAUCAAGUUCUAUCCAAACUGGCACAUUCCUCCAGACAACACCAUGGAGGCAUCUGCGUACUGGAAGUAUGUCCUGGUGCAAUACAAUGACAGAUUUGCUCAAGAAUAUAAGGUCAUGCCGGCUGAUGUUCCAGAGCCCUGGAAGAGUAUCACAAAGCAACAAGCACUGAAGGGGUUGAAAGAUGCCUUCAACAUAAAGUGA